AUGGUGUACGAAAACAAACCCUUUGAUGAAAUCCAAGUGAAACCCAACGACAAGAAACGAGUAGCAUAUUUCUACGAUGCAGACGUUGGUAAUUAUGCCUACGGGUCUGGUCAUCCGAUGAAACCUCAUAGAAUAAGAAUGACACAUUCUUUGAUCAUGAAUUAUGGGUUAUAUAAAAAGAUGGAAAUUUAUAGAGCUAAACCAGCUACGAAGCAGGAAAUGUGUCAAUUCCAUACUGAUGAAUAUAUUGAUUUUUUAUCUAGAGUUACGCCUGAUAAUUUGGAAUUGUUUAAGAAGGAAAGUGUGAAGUUCAAUGUCGGAGAUGAUUGUCCUGUCUUUGAUGGAUUGUAUGAAUAUUGUAGUAUCUCAGGUGGUGGAUCCAUGGAGGGAGCUGCUAGAUUGAAUAGAGGCAAAUGUGAUGUGGCCAUUAAUUAUGCCGGUGGGUUACAUCAUGCAAAGAAAUCUGAAGCUUCAGGGUUUUGUUAUUUGAAUGAUAUUGUUUUGGGGAUCAUUGAAUUAUUAAGGUAUCAUCCAAGAGUUCUUUAUAUUGAUAUUGAUGUUCAUCAUGGAGAUGGUGUUGAAGAAGCAUUUUAUUCCACAGAUCGUGUCAUGACUUGUUCAUUCCAUAAAUAUGGGGAAUUCUUCCCCGGUACGGGGGAAUUAAGAGACGUAGGUGUGGGUAAGGGGAAAUAUUAUGCUGUCAAUGUGCCCCUAAGAGAUGGUAUUGAUGAUGCAACGUAUAGAAAUGUGUUUGAACCAGUGGUGAAAAGAAUCAUGGAAUGGUAUCAACCAUCUGCGGUGGUUUUACAAUGUGGUGGUGAUUCUUUAUCGGGUGAUCGUCUAGGUUGUUUUAAUUUAUCUAUGCAAGGUCACGCCAAUUGUGUCAAUUAUGUUAAAUCCUUUGGAAUUCCCAUGAUGGUUGUUGGUGGAGGUGGUUAUACAAUGAGAAACGUGGCAAGAACAUGGUGUUUUGAAACAGGAUUGUUGAACAAUGUGGUGCUUGAUCAAGAAUUACCAUAUAAUGACUAUUACGAAUAUUAUGGACCCGAUUAUAAAUUGGAUGUUAGACCAUCUAACAUGUUUAACGUUAACUCUCCGGAAUAUCUAGAUAAGAUAAUGACGUCUAUUUUUGUGAAUUUAGAAAAUACCAAAUAUGCACCAAGUGUCCAAUUAAAUAAUGUACCCAAGGAUCCAGAAGAUUUGGGGGAUCAAGAAGAAGAUACAGCGGAAGCCAAGGAUACGAAAGGUGGUUCUCAAUAUGCAAGAGACAAGGAAGUAGAAAGAACUGAUGAGUUGUAUUAG